GUAGGGGGGUGGAUAAUUCUGCCACAGAUGAGUUGGCUCCCUGAAUUCAGUUGCCAGCUCAUGUCCAGAGGACCUUAAUACCUGGGACCAAGAAGUUUUACUACAGCCUUGCCUUUGCAGGGAGUUGAGCUCACCAGGAACCAUCUGCCAUAUCAGACCCCUUGCUGCUACCUGCCAGGUGGCCUCCACCACUGAGAAGAAAUGAUGUAUUUCCCAGUCUUCCUGGACCUCUCCCAGAAAGUUCCUGUGCUCAGUGGUGUCUUUUUCCUCACCCAUCUGAUUCUUCUCCUCCAGCCUGUAGAGCUGAACUCAGAGGAGGUCAAGGUCAUAGGCCCUGGGGAACCCAUCCUGGCACUUGUAGGGGAAGAGGUGGAGUUCUCAUGCUACCUGUCACCAUACUUGGAUGCCGAGGAUAUGGAGAUCCGCUGGUUCCGGAGUCACACCUCUGAUGUGGUGCACCUGUACCAUGGUGGGCAGGAGCUCCACAGCCAGCAAAUGGUGCAGUUCCAGAACAGGACCAAACUCAUCAAGGAUUUUAUCAUGGAUGGUAUGGUAAACCUAAAACUCCAUGGUAUCAUUCCUGCUGAUGAGGGCCUUUAUGGGUGCCGUUUCCUCUCCACCAACUUCUCCAAGGAAGCGAUCUGGGAGCUAGAGGUAGCAGGGCUUGGCUCAGACCCUCACAUCUCCCUUGAGGGCUUCAAGGAGGGAGGCAUUCAGCUGAAGUGCAGCUCCAGUGGCUGGUACCUAAAACCCCAGGCACAGUGGAAAGAUCAUAAAGGACAGUGCCUGUCUCCAGAGAUGGAAGCCAUUGUCCAGGAUGCCCAGAGCCUGUUCAAUCUGGAAACGUCCGUGGUUGUCCAAGGGGAUGCCCACAACAAUGUGUCUUGCUCCAUCCAGAACUCCUUCCUGAUCCAGAAGAAAGAGUUCACCAUCCAGAUAGCAGACGUAUUUUUACCCGGAAACUCCCCUUGGAAGAGGGCUUUCCUCGGGAUUCUGGUGGGCCUGUCGCUCCUCCUGGCUCUCCUCGUGACUCUGGCGCUGUACUUCUUUCAGAAGCAACGGAGGUCCCAAGAAAAACGGAAGGAGCAGGCUGACAAGGACAAAGAGAUACUCACAGCGAACUUGGAGAGGCUUCAGACAGAGCUUGACUGGAGAAGGGCUGAAGGCCAGGCUGAGUGGAGAACAGCCCAACAAUAUGCAGUGGAUGUAACCCUUGAUCCAGCCUCCGCCCACCACAGCCUGGAAGUCUCCGAGGAUGGCAAGAGCGUGUCCUCCUGCACAGCAGUGCCUGGCCCUGUGAUGGGAGACCCCCAGCGGUUCUCUGAGCAGACGUGUGUGCUGAGCUGUCAGCAUUUUUCUGGUGGCCGCCACUACUGGGAAGUGCAUGUUGGCAGGCGCAGCCGCUGGUUCCUGGGUGUGUGUUUGGCCACAGUGCCACGUAUGGGGCCAGCACAACUAAGCCCGGCCAGUGGCUACUGGGUGAUGGGGCUGUGGAACCACUGUGAGUAUUUUGUCCUGGACCCACAUCGCAUCGCACUCACCCUGCGUGUGCCACCACGGCGUGUAGGUAUCUUCCUGGACUGGGAGGCAGGAAAACUGUCCUUCUUCAAUGUGUCAGAUGGCUCCCAUAUCUUCACCUUCACCGACACCUUCUCGGGGACACUCUCUGCGUAUUUCAGGCCCAGAGCUCACGACGGUGGUGAACACCCAGAUCCCCUCACCAUCUGCCCAUUGCCUGUUAGAAGAACAUGCAUCCUUGAAGAGGAUGAGAGAGAUGCCUGGUUACAGCCCUAUGGGCCCUCGGAUCCCACCCUUGGCCUGUGGUGAGGCACUCUCUUGCCUACAGGUUUGAGUCCUUGGCAGCUUCCUAGAUACCUGGCUGGGAUUUGCUCUCUCACUUCCUCUAGAGUGGAGGAAACAUCACCAAAAUGUUGGCAAAGGCUAAGGACUCACCAUGGAAAAGGGGAACAAAAAGAGGAACCUUUGUCUAUAGAUGUAUGCAUAUAUGUAUGUGAUUUUCUUUAAUGAAAAGAGUGAAUUCCAAAGCUCCUUUGUGUAUAUGGUAGGACUAAGCAAAGGAGGAACAAUAAAUUUACGUUGUGGGGAGCCACGGCGUGCACUGGAGAUCAGAAAGAAAGAGGACUGGGGGAAAGGUAGAGGGAAACUUUACUGGAUUGGAUAAGAGGUAUCAAUUAACAUAUUUUUUAAAAAUACUUUUUGUAUGUGUUUUCUAGCUCUAAAAUGUCUAGAAGCAAUGAUACCUCAUAAACAGUGAUUUUACCUGAGGCUUAGAUCCCAGUUUUAAAUGACAUUUCCCACUGAAAUGAACUUGGAGAAACGGCUGAUUCCAGGGUUGGAACAGAGAAGGUACAGGUGAAUCUGGAAUAUCUUGUAUUCAAAUGUGCUCAGAAAGUGAUGAAGCCAUAAGAACCAGGGUGAAGAGGCUCCACUGAUCAGUUAUGGGAUGAUUUGAACUUUCAAAUGAAUCAUGACAAGGAUGAAUAAUGACAAGAAUUGCUCAACAAGGUAUUGCACAAAUAAGAAAAUGCCCUAUGUGUGCUGAGAGGUUUUGCAGUCAGAGAUGAAAUACAGAGAUAUGAAAGAGUAAAGAAGAAAAUGGAAGAGUAGAUCUGUGAACUCAUGGUUUUUAUAAUGUACAGAUAGAUGGAGCACACAUACACACACAAUAAAUAGGUAAAUAGAUUUGUGUGUGCAUGCAUAUGGUUCCUAGCUCUGUCAGUUUUGACAGCUUUGGAACAAUAACAUUCCAGUACCAAUGAACACACCUAGCAUCCAGAACUUAGUUUUUAGUACUAUGUUCCAAUAAAAAGAACCAAGGCUCCUUAGAUAAGGGGUGAACUUCAGGGCUAAGGCAGGGAGAAUACAAGAUAGGUGUGAUAUUAUGAUUAAUAAGAAAUAUAUGGUCUUCCACCUAGAUUCUGGCACAAAACUCCUAAAACUCUUAGAAUUUCCUAAGUGGUAAGAGCUAUCAAGAUGUCUCUUGAUAGUCAUAACAAGGACUUUUCAACUACAUCUCGUUUGUGUUAAUAAGAUGACUUCUGGAAAGCCCUCUAAGGGUGGAGCUGGUUUUCAGGAGACCCAAGUACAUUAUUAAAAAGGUUGAAAUUUAGUCUUCCCCUACCUCUCAUCCAUCCCUAAACUCAGGGAGAGAAGAGAGGCUGGACCCACACAUAUGUGGUCAGUUAUUCUUCCAUAAAGCAAUAAAGAAUAUCUAAUGGAAAAAAGACAGUCCCUUCAACAUAUGGGGUUAAGAAAACUGGACAACAUUAAAAAAUGAAACUGAAUGAUUUUCUUAAACCAUACACAAAAAUAAACUCAAAAUGAAGGAGAGACCUAAAUUUGAGACAGGAAACCAUCAAAAUCCUAGAGGAGAACACAGGCAGUAACCUCUUUGACAUUGGCCAUGGCAACUUCUUACUAGACAUGUGUCUGGAGGCAAGGGAAACAAGCAAAAAGAAACUACUGGGACUUCAAGAUAAAAAGCUUCUGCAUAGCAAGGAAUACAGUGAACAAAACUAAAAAGGAAACCUAUGGAAUGGGAGAAGAUAUUUGCAGAUGACAUACCUGAUAAAGGGGUUAGUAUACAAAAAUCUAGAAAGAACUUAUCAAACUCAACACCCAAGAAACGAAUAAUCUAGGUAGGAAAUGGGCAGAAGACAGGAAGAGACAUUUUUCCAAAGGAGACAUACAGAUGGCCAACAGACAAAUGAAAAGAUGCUCAACAUCAGUCAUCAUCAGGGAAAUGCAAGUCAAAACUACAGUAAGAUAUCACUUCACACCUAACAGAAUGGCUAAAAUGAACUGCACAGGAGACAACAGGUGUUGGUGAGGAUGUUGAGAAAAAGGAAUCGUUUUACACUCUUGGGGGGAAUGCAAACUGAUGCAGUCACCCUGAAAAACAGUAUGAAGUUUCCUCAAAAACUUAAAAAUAGAACUAUCUUAUGAUCCAGCAAUGGCACUACUGGGUAUUUACCCAAAUAAUACAAGAACACUAAUUCAAAGGGUUACAUGCAUCUCCAUGUUUAUUGCAGCAUUAUUUACAAUAGCCAAGAUAUGGAAUCAGCCCAAAUGUGCAUCAAUUGAUGAAUGGAUAAAUCAGAGGGUGUAUAUAUGUACAAGGAAUAUUACUAAGCCAUGAAAAAAUGAAAUCUUGCCAUUUGCAAUGACAUGGAUAGAGCUAGAGAGUAUAAUGCUAAGGGAAAUAAGUCAGUCAGAGAAAGAAAAAUACCAUACAAUUUCAUUCUUAUGAGGAAUUUCAUUUGUUUUAAUGACCAAAGGAAAAAAGAGAGACAAACCAAGGAAGAGACUCUUAAUUAUAGAGACAAACUGAUGGUUACCAGACGAUGGGAGAAUGGGUUAAACAGGUGAUGGGGAUUAAGAGGGGCAUUUGCUGUAAUGAGUACUGCUAUUGUAUGGAAGUAUUGAAUCACUAUAUUGUACACCUGAAACUAAUAUUAUCCUUUAUGUUAACUAGAAUGUAAAUAAAAACUUUUUAAAAAGUGUUAAAAAUAAUAAAAUAACUUUACAAAUGCUAAGUGAAAUACAUCAGAGAAAAAUGUAUAUGAUUUCACUCAUAUGUGGAAUUUAAGAAACAAAUGAGCAAAAGGGGAAUAAAGAGAUACAAGCAAAAAGAGAGACCUUAAUUAUAGAGGAAAAAACUGAUGGUUACCAGAGUAGAAAGGGUUGGUGGGAUGGGUGAAAAAGGUGAUGGGGAUUAUGGAGGAAACAAGUCAUAAUGAGUACCUGUUGAUGUAUAAAUUGUUGAAUCACUGUAUUGUACACCUUAAACUAACUCAACACUAUGUUACAACUGGAAUUAAAACAAAAACUAAAAAAAAUUAUAGCCUUGUUAACAUACUAUGCAUGAUAUUCAGAGAAAGCUGGUUUUCUAUAUUCAUUUGCAUUGAUGUACAAACAUUUUGGGGUCCUACUCACAAAUGUUAUAUGAUAACAUUAAAAAUACAUUCCUUG